AUGACUCAUUCUUUUGUGAAGUCUGCUUUUGUCCUCACUCUUCUCUUUGCUAUUGCCGUUGCGGUUACUGGAAACAGAUUGUAUCCGAAGCAUGAGCGGAGUGGUGAACAAGUUGAAGGUAGCUACACCAAAGCUGAUCAAGAAGAUGGCAACUCCGUCCUCAAAUCUGCCUUGUCACUAAAGAAAGGACCACUAACCUCCACAUGUGCGGUCAUACUUUACGGGGUGAGCUGUGACAAUUGUGAGAGCGAAUGCAAAGAACAGCUGGGCAGAGAGCAAUGGGGUCAAUGUGUGGAAGGGUGGCCAUACCGCGACUGCAAGUGCUCCGUUGAGUGUUUAUAA